AUGAAAGGAGAAACAUUUAUAGGAGUGAUGGACGUGGCUGAAGAAGACACAUGGACCCAUUUAGACGGAUCAAGCAUAGCAAACAAUGACUUUUGGUCAACAUUUUGGAUUGAUGCAGACUUAAGUCUUAACCAGCCGAACGGAGGACCAACUCAAAACUGUGCUGUGAUUAACAGAAGAAGCCAUUCUCUCCCAAAUAAAACUCAAGACAAGUCAUGCACUUAUCGUCGGAAAGAGAUGUUAUGUUAUAAAAAAGUAAAUUGUCUUAAAUGGAACUCCACCUCUGAUCAACUGUACAGAGAACAUUGUUACUGGUUUACCAACAAGCCUUCAUCAAUGACGUCAUGGACAAUUGUUGAUGCCAUGAACAAGUGUCGGGAUGACGGUGGCUACCUUGCACCGUUAAUAGAUGAUCAAAAUUAUCAGUUUAUUAAGGAUGACGUUUUGAGUACAGUAUUUUCAUUAAAAAGUACCCGAGCUUGGCUUGGCACCCAUUCCAUAAUGGGUUCCCCAACAAACUGGAAUAAUGACCCAGCGUUUGUGACAUUACUGUCAUGGAGCUCUUUUGCAGAGAAAUGUGUUGUCAUUGACUCAAAUCAAAUGCAGUCAUGGAUACCCUGCAACACAAACAGUAGUACCUUGGCAGGAGCAGUAUGCUUCAAGCAGGGACUAGGAGGAGACGUUCCACUUAUUAGUCCAGAACCUAUAACAUGCGAACCUGAGAUAUCAUCUAUAAAUGUCAAUUCAACAACAGUAGAAGAAUUAAAACGUAUCCUGUUUAUUGACCCUGAACAUACAAACGAUAAUGGUAAUUGCUUGAACUGGACCUCUACGACUGAUACAAAGUACAGACACCAUUGUUACUGGUUUACGAACAAGCCCUUUUCAAUGACAUCAUGGACAAUUGUCGAUGCGAUGAAUCAGUGUCGAUAUGACGGCGGCUAUCUGGCACCAAUAAUAGAUAGCUUAAAUUAUAAGUUUAUAAAAGAUGCCGUAUUAUCUGCAAUUGAAAAACACCCAAAUGGCGAUAUUCCUCUUAUAGGCGUCAAUUUCACAUCAGUAGAAGACAUUAAAAAUAUUCUUUCUGUUGACCCUAAGAAGACAAAUGCGUAUAAGUUGAAGAGGAUCAGCGUGUACGAAGAUAGACCAGUAGCAAAGGCUAUUGGUAGUGUAGGAGUGGCUGUACUAAUCUCGGUUAUCAUAUUCAUCAUAGUAUUAGAUUGUCAAAGAAUGCAACAAUGUAUUUCAAAAAAGAAAACCAAAAAGUCUAAAAAACGGAAACAUAAUAAAGUUGGAACUUCAGAUCAAAAUUGA